AUGUUUUUACAAAAAAGAUUACAAAAUAAAGUUAUUGAAGAUUUUAAAAAAAAUUCUAUAUUUUCAUUAUCACAAAAAUAUCAAAUUUUGGAAACAGAAAAGACAGCAAUUAUUUUACUUCCGUUUAUUGUAAUUGUAGCUAUUACAACUUUUAUUAUUGGAUUUAUUUACUAUUUAAGUCUUUAUGAAAAUGUUUCUUAUGAAACUUCACAAAUACUUAUUAUUUAUAUAAAAAUAAUUGGAUAUUUACGUGAUACAAUAUCUGUUCUAUUUUUUUUAUUUAUAACAAUACCACAUUCAAAGUGGAAGAAAAUUUUUGGAAAGUCAUUAUUUAAAAAUCGUGUCUCUGAUAAAAAAUCUGUUAAAAUAAGUUUUGCUGGUGUAAAUGGAAGCUUAUAUUUUGAACAAUUAGAUAAACAAUGGUCAUAA